AUGGAUAAGCAGAAUAGGGGAUGGAUAAAACUUAAGGACAGAACUUUGCCAGAGUACUUGAAAGGAAUUGAUGAUUUUUUAAAUUUUGCUUUCUCUGGAUCGAAACCGAAAAGGUUCAUUAGGUGCCCAUGCUCUAAAUGCAAUAAUUUUAAUUAUAAAUCAAGAGAUGAUGUGAUGCAUGAUUUACUAAAAUGGGGAUUUGAACCAAGUUAUGAGCGUUGGGAGUAUCAUGGCGAAAGCUUAAGUGAUGCAUCAUCUGAUAAUGACGCUGGCAACGAUUGCGAAGUUGAUCUUGAAAUAAGUGAUAAUUCUCAAACUUACUCCAUGCUUCAUGACAUGCAUCAAUCACUUAACAUGGAUAGAGGUAAUGUGUUUGAUAAUCCUGGGCCUAGCAGUAUGAAUGAGGAGCCUAAUAAGGAUGCUAAAAGGUUUUAUGGAUUGUUGAAAGAUGCUGAGCAAAAACUUUAUCCUGGUUGUCAAAAAUUCUCCAAAUUAUCUUUUAUUAUGCGCCUUUUUCAAAUGAAGUGUGUUUAUGGAUGGAGCAAUAAUUCAUUUGAUUCACUAAUAAAACUACUCGUUGAAGCUUUAGCUGAAGGAAAUGUUCUUCCCAACUCUAUGUAUGAGAUUCAGAAGACUAUUAGAGAUCUUGGACUUGAUUAUGUCAAGAUAGAUGCUUGUGUCAAUGAUUGCAUUCUGUUUAGAGGAGAAGAAUAUGAAAAUCUGGAUAAAUGUCCAAAAUGUGGGGAAAGUAGGUGGCAAGAAAAUAAGAAGAAGAAUGUUGUCCCCAAUAAGGUAGUUCGAUACUUCCCUAUAAAACCAAGACUACAAAGAUUAUUUAUGUCAAAACAAAUUGCAGAUGAUAUGAAAUGGCAUAAGAAUAAAAGAGUUGAUGAUGGAGUUAUGAGGCACCCGGCUGACUCAUUAGCAUGGAAACGUUUUGAUGAUAACCAUGAACUUUUUGCUUCAGAUCCUCGUAAUGUAAGACUUGGCUUAGCAUCUGAUGGUUUCAACCCAUUUGGUAUUAUGAGCACCAACUAUAGUGUGUGGCCAGUUGUUUUAAUUCCUUAUAACUUGCCUCCUUGGUUGUGCAUGAAACAACCAAAUUUCAUUUUAACUUUGCUUAUUCCAGGCCCAAAAGGUCCUGGGAUAGAUAUUGAUGUUUAUCUUCAGCCGCUAAUUGAUGACUUAAAAGAUUUGUGGGAUGAAGGUAUUGAAACUUAUGAUGCAUCAUCGAGACAAAAUUUUCAAUUGCAUGCAGCCUUAUUGUGGACAAUCAAUGACUUUCCGGCUUAUGCCAUGCUAUCUGGAUGGAGCACUAAAGGAAAACUAGCUUGCCCUUGUUGUCAUUCCGAAACCAGCUCUUGUCGUUUGAAAUAUGGUCACAAGCAAUGCUACAUGGGCCAUCGUAGAUUCUUACCUACUCAACACCCUUGGCGUAUGAAAAAGAGCCCUUUUGAUAACACACGAGAGUUAAGGAUUGCACCUGAACCAUUAACUGGAGAUCAAGUGAUUGCACAACUGGAGAGUCUUGAGCUGCUACCAUUUGGAAAAGCUACAAGAAAAAGAAAAAGAACUACAAACGUAAAUCAUAAUUGGAAGAAGAAAAGUAUCUUUUUUGAAUUACCUUAUUGGAGAACAAAUUUAUUGAGGCAUAACAUAGAUGUGAUGCACGUGGAGAAAAGUAUUUGUGAAAGUGUUAUUGGGACGUUGUUGGAUCUAGAAGGCAAAACAAAAGAUACAAUAAAGUCUAGAUUAGAUUUGCAACGUAUGGGACUCAAGAAGCAGCUUCAUCCUAUAAAGGUUGGGGAUAAAUAUAUGAUUCCACCAGCACGUUACACGAUGUCAAAGGAAGAAAAGAUUAAUUUUUGUCGUAUCUUGAAGGAUGUGAGGUUUCCUGAUGCAUAUGCCUCAAAUAUAGGUCGUUGCGUAAAUAUAAAUGAACUCAAGAUUUCAGGACUUAAAAGUCAUGAUUAUCAUGUUAUACUUGAGAGACUUCUUCCCCUUGCCAUAAGAGGAUUGCUUCCCAAGGAUGCUUGUGACCCUUUGAUUGAGUUGUCUUUAUUCUUUGGUGAUUUAUGCUCUAAAGAGUUAGAAUUAAAUGAGCUGGAUCGUUUACAGAAUCAAAUUGCAGUGACACUUUGUAAGCUGGAGCGCAUCUUCCCACCGUCAUUUUUUGAUGUUAUGGUUCAUCUAUCAAUUCACUUGGCAAAUGAAGCAAAAACUGGAGGUCCUGUUCAAUAUAGAUGGAUGUAUCCUAUUGAAAGAUUUUUGCGCGUUCUAAAGAGUUAUGUGCGCAACAAAGCACGGCCAGAAGGUUCCAUAGCAGAAGGCUAUGUGUCUGAAGAGUGUAUGACAUUUUGUGCUCGAUAUUUGACCGACAUGGAUUCUAGAUUAAAUCGGCCAGAUAGAUAUAUGGACUAUGCAAGUAAUGAAUCUGUUGGUUUGUCAGUGUUCAAAAGCAAUGGUCGAUCUAUUGGAGGAGGUUCGUGGGAAUGUAUAAACUCUUCUGAACUUCAACAAGCUCAUUUUUACAUAUUACAAAAUUGUGAAGAAGUCAGACCUUGGAUUGAAGAGCACAUGACGAAGAUAAAAAAUGAAAGUCAUAGAAACAUAGAAAAGAGGCACAAGGAGCAAUUCCCCAAAUGGUUUGAAAAUGAGGUUUUGCGAUUACAACAAUUGGGUGAUGAGAGGAUUAGUAAACAACUAGAAAUAUUAUCAAAAGGGCCGGACUUUCGAGUGUUCAACCACAAAGGAUACAUUCUAAAUGGCUUCAAGUUUCGUACAAAAGAUGCUGAGAAACACCUAAAAACCCAAAACAGUGGUGUGAUAGUGAAAGGGGAUGAGUUAACCGGACAUGUUGAUUUUUAUGGUGUGGUUAGAAAGAUCACUGAAAUAAGAUAUUUGAAUAGCAACUUUGCUAUACUAUUUGAAUGUGAUUGGUUUGAGGCUCCUUCCGAAGGCCGAAAUCAGGGCAUGGGAUAUAGGAGAGAUGAAUAUGGAUUUAUUAGUAUAGAUAUGACAAAGUUAUAUUACAAAAGUGAUCCAUAUAUCUUGGCCUCUCAAGCUGGUUUGGUUUAUUAUGUAAAAUACAGUGACAAGGAAAAUUGGUAUACGGUUGUUAAAGUCAAGCCAAGACAUGUCUUUGACUUGCCAAAUGUUGAAGUUGACGAUGACUUGGAAGCAUAUCAACUAAAUGAGUUGGGUGAUACACAUGGACAACUGAAAACACCAUCAGUAAACCAAGAUGAAGUUGUUUUAAAUGAGGAUGAUGAUGCACCAUUAGUAAAUCAAGACGAUGAGGUUUUAAAUAGGCAUGAUGUUGCAGGUCUAUGCUUGGAUGAAAGUAUUAUUGACAAGGAAGAAGAACAAAAAGAAUUGGAUGAUGCAAGUGACUCAGAUAGUGAUGAAGAAGAAUCUCAUGCAAGCGAAUAUGAUUUGUCUGAGAAAGAAGAUUCUGACACAGAAUAA